CACACACACACACACACACACAUACGAAAUGUGAUUCUGACAAAGAGAUGGCGUCUAUUGGACAUAAACAAUUUUGCUAUUCUUAGAGCCUUGGAAACAGUGAGUCAAUAAAUGUUGGUGAAUGGGUGGUGCCAGAGCAAUGUCAGUGGUCACAGAAUUCAGAAGAGUACGCAUGUGCUCUGCAGGGGGGAGGCAGGGUUUUUCCAGAAUGGUCUGGGAGAGAGAGGCCUGAGAGCAUCAAACAAUAGGUGUGGUGUCAGCCUUCUACGCCUCUGUGGUAAGCGAGUGUCUGAGUGUGUGGCACACAGCCACAUCCCAAUAUGAGAACAUCAAUAGCAGAGGAGAUGGUGUGACUGGAAUCUGCUGUUAUCAUUGGGCAGCACUGGACCACUGUUUGGAUCAGGGAGUCCUUCCCGAACUCUCUCCACCAUGUCGCUGUCUGUUCGCCCAGUCAGACGCCUCACCUCCAGAUCCAUCACUAGGAGCCAGAGCUUCACUGGAGUCAACACUUACGACAAGCAGUACAGGAACCUCACAGUGUUCAACACUCCAGGUCUCAGCAGGAAGUCCAGCAGAGCCAGCAGGAUGUUUACUAUGUCCACCAAGUCCAACCCACCACCUAAAGUUCCUCAACCAGAGCGACUGGAUCAGGUCUAUGAGGCACUAAAGAAAGGCCUUCAGUCUUACCUGCAGGUCCAUCAGAUGGACUUGGACAGCUUAAGCAGACAAAUGAAAGAAUCAAAGAGGAACUCCAGACUGGGUUUCCUGUACGAACUGGACAAGCAAGUGAAGGUGACUGAGAGGUACAUAAGACGACUGGAGUUUCACCUCAGCAAGAUUGAGGAGCUAUAUGAAGCCUACUGCCUGCAAAGAAGACUCAGGGACGGAGCCAACAAGAUGGUGAAGGCUUACACUGCCUCUCUGUGCAGUAAGGAGGCCAGGGAGAGUUUAGCAGAAGCCAAUAAAGGAUACAAAGAGUACACUGAGAACAUGUGUGUGUUGGAAAAUGAGUUGGAGAACCAGCUGGGGGAGUUCCAUAUUAAGAUGAAAGGUCUGGCUGGAUUUGCUAGAUUGUGUGCUGGUGACCAGUAUGAGAUCUUUAUGAGGUAUGGUCGACAACGGUGGAGGCUCCGAGGCCGAAUAGAGAUCAAUGCCAAACAGGUGUGGGACAGUGAAGACAUGGUGUUUGUGCCACUCAUCAGUGAAUUCCUCUCCGUGAAGGUGACAGAGCUGAAGAGCUUAGCCAAUCAUGUGGUUGUAGGAAGUGUUUCCUGUGAGACAAAGGACCUGUUUGCUGCACUACCCCAAACGGUUGCCGUGGAUAUUAAUGACCUUGGGACUAUCAAACUGAGCCUUGAAGUCACCUGGAAUCCAUUUGAUAAAGAUGACCAGGGAUCAGUGGCAGGCACUGUCAACAAAGCUCCAGUCGUCAGCAAGAGAUUCUCAACCAUCUUCAACCAGAGUCCACCUGACACGCCGUCUUUACGUGAACAAGCCUUCUAUAACAUGCUUCGCCGUCAUGAAGAGUUGGAGAAUGGAACAGCGUGGUCCAAUUCAUCCGAAUCCUCCGAUGACUCCUCCAGUCCUCAGCUGCCUGUGGGAGGGCAGCACAACUCUACACAUCAUAAGUCAGUUUUGGUGACACCAGAGAUACAGCCAGUUCUAACAAAUUCCUCCCAUCAGCCUGACAUCUCCUUUAGCCUCAGAGACUCCACUUCCUCAGCUCCAAACUCUGCCCACAAAGUCAGCACUGUCAGUGAGCUUCCCAGCAUAUCCAAAGACCAAGAAGAGAGUAAGAGGGAAGAGGAGAAGGGAACAGUCAUUGUGACGAAAAAAACUGACGAUGAGAAGGACUACACAGAGAAACAGUCUUCCAUAGCAACAGUGGAUAGAGUUGUGACCAGCAGCCACGCCUCACGUAACUACUUACGCUCUUUGAGCCACAUUAGUGAAGGUAGUGCUGAUGGCAUUGUACUGACGGACAGAGCAGCCAGCGAAUCAGGAGAGGUGAUGGCCUCCAGGCUUUCCAUCAGUGACACUGAAAUGGAGGUGCCCAGCAAAAUACCUGAGCCUCCCACCCAGCCACCCAGCUUUGGUGCCACAGACACAGACCUGUCACCAAGGAGGCUUGGUAUCAUUGAAGAAAACACAUCAGCUGGCGAUGUCACAGAUCAACGUCAAAAUGGAAAGAAACAGGAUACAUCCAGCUCCGUGCUCACAUCCUCCCCUCCCAGGACUGAGGGAGCACACCCUAACCCCCCGUCACAAAUGAACACACACCCACACCUAGAAUGUAACACACUCCCGGAGACUGGAGAUGUAAUUUAUGUAGCCCAGCGCGUAUCGGUGGAAGAGGAUAUGCCAGGUGCAGGAGCAGAUUGUCUGUCCAAGGAGUGUGAUGGUUUGGUGGACAGUGGACUGGAAGAAGCCCUGGGCGCUGUGGUUUCUUCUCUGGAUGACUACAGAGGACAGUUCCCAGAGUUACAGCUACUGGAGCAAGAGCUGAAGCUGCUGCAGGUUACUCUCAAGGGCGGUAAGCACAGCCGUUCACCCAGCAUGGCCAGCCUCACAGUGGAAACCGCUCUGGGUAGCUUUGACUUCCUCAACAUGUCUGAGUGGGAGGAGGAUGAGGAGGAGAAGGGUGACAAGAGGAGUAGAAAUGGCAGAUCUCUGCAGGACAGAGGCUGGGACAGCCCUUCCUCUCCCGCCUCCCCCCUUACCACAGGCUGCACGGCUCUAGACUGCACCCUGGUGGUCCACUUAAAGAACUGCAGCACGCAGCUGUUGCGUCUGGGUACGUUUGGGCCUCUGCGGUGUGGAGAGAUGUAUGCCUUAGACAGACUGCUGAGAGAGGCAAGAGUCUUCGAAAUCAUCCGACGCAUUGCCAAAGACAACCCAAAACGCCUGAGACAGCCUGAUGAAGUGAUACCACAGUUGGGCCAGUGUCUGGGUGCUGUUUCACUAUGGCAACAGUGUGUGGGGCAGGGCAGUGUGUACAGCGUCCAUGCUGAUUGCUUCCUGGCUAUGCUGUCAACAGUCUACUACAGCACACUGCCAGAGAGGGUCAGCAACAUGGCCGAUACAGUGUUCUUAUGUCUGGCCGAGCGAAUGCUGGAUCAGAAGUUACCACGGCGAGGCAGCAACAGAGAAAAAGUGUCAGUGACGCUCUUCCAACUGUGGACUUACUUGGAGGCCAGUGGCAUCAAUGACAUGGAAACACACAUCAUGGAGCUGGCAGAAGAAGUGUGGUUGGUGCAGAGCCUUGCGUCAUGUGACCAGGACGUGAUUGUCCACGCUCUGCGGCAUCCUGCAGAGUGCAGCCUGAGGAGAGAAGGUCUUCACUCUGUGGCUAAAUUACUGAAAGACCCACGAGGCAAAGUGUCAGCCACUGCCAGUUCUGUACUCAGAGGCCUGGCUGCACAGCACAGACAGAGAGAACAGGCUUUGGUCAGCUGUUUGGAGCUGCUGGAAGAUGACAAUGUGGACACCAGAGUCUGUGGAUGCAAGGCUUUGGCUUGUCUAAAGGCUAAAGAAAGCAUUGACCAGUUAGUGUAUCUUUGUCGAACAGACAAAGAGGAAGUCCGCGAUGCUGCCAAGCAAGCGUUGCUAGUGCUGGGCGAGGAGGGGAAGAUGGCCCACAGACAUGUGGAGACAUCUCAGGACAGUAUACCGAGACUCUUCGCUCCAGGAAGCAUGGCCAGCACAGCUUUCUGACACCACACACACACACACACACACACACACACACUGGGUGAAUGUUGUGCUUUGACACAAUGUCAUGAGAAUGUACAGUUUGCUGUUUGUUCUACUCCAUUACUACCACUAAAACAUACAAAGACAAAUAUAAUCUAUAAUAUUAAGUAUACACACUGUCACUGUCUGAAAGAUGUCUGUCAUAUUACUCACAUCAAGGACAGCAACUCUACUGAAUACUGGGUGAACAUUUAUGGUCAGUAAGCUACAAACACAAUGUUUAUCAUCCUGUGCUAACUACUCUGAGAAAAUCAGUCGGACUGGAGAGAUGACUGAAAAAAUGUACAAUGUGAGCAGGCUCGAUUGGAAGGGUGGCUGAAGGGAGGGAGUGUAAUAAUGAAAGGGACAGUGAAGGAAUAAGAUGUGGGAGAGUCAACGGGACAGGGAGGAACUUGUCUGUGUUGCCUGAGUCAUAAUCAAGUGAAAAUAGUGGACAAAUUGCAAUCAUAGUCCUGUUCCUCUGUGGCCCACACACAAACAGGCCUACACUGAAGUAACACCUAAGUUAGCCAAAGUCUAGAAAGCACUCUCAAGUCACUGAGUUAUAUCAUUUUCAUUUUUAUAGCCUACUAAGUGCCCAAAAAAUGUACAGAAUGUUGAGUUUCUUAUAUUUUUAUGGGUUUUCUUUUUGACUGGUUACGUACAUAUACAGAGUAAAUAUUCCAUUCUACAGUAUAAUGCUACCUCUUCUGUAAUCUAAAACUACCUUUCUUAAGGGAUACUACUCUGUCCAUUUCAGAUUAAAUGCGGUUUUACUCCAGGUGGACACCUUGUUGUGUCAUGUAACAUGCCUACACACUGAAAAUUAAUGACAGCAAAAGGCUUUUCUCAUGCACUUCUGCCUUUACUAUGAUCUACUUGUUGAUUUUAAUUUUUGCCAGAUGAUUGUGGUUACUUGUCUGCAGUACUUGCACCAAGGCUGUCGUAACCCUUUAAGACGUGUGUGUGAGUGGGCUUGAAGCCGAGUUGACACUGAGUCUAAAUGACACUAGGACACUAGCGAAAAUAAGCACUUGUCAAUGACAGUGCAGAACAGUUAACGCGAUAUUAAGGAAGUAGGCGUCUGUGUGAAGAUCUGACAGCAGAUGAUAUGCACAAACCUCAAAGUCUUCUAUGAGGCAGCAACGGUCAGAAGUACAAGUAUGAGCCUAAACAUCCACACACAUUUGUUCUCAGAAUAUAGAUAUUCUGAACUUCACAAACUUAUUCGUAUUCAUUCAGAAAAGCUUUUUCAUUGCAGGAACAUCUAGCAGAUUGCGAAUGUGAACUUACUGAUCCGCAAGGGACAGAAGCGUCUCUUUGAAGUGUUUGUUUUCAAGGACGGGUUUGGAUUUUCCUCUAAAUUUGUCCUAUCAGACUUUUAACAAACUACGUAUAGUUCGUACAGUGUGUCUUCUGACUCCAUCCAAAGGCACAAGCAUUACUGCCUGUUCUGAAAGGCAGGACGUAAAAACCCUGCUGUCGGAGCCUGCUUCUGGCAGCAUCGCUGAUCUCUCUCUACGAUCUCAGUUUUGUGUGAAUGUGAGGAAGAAUGGUUUUUUGUCUCUGUAUGUCAACCCUGUGCUGAAUUGGUGACCAGAGUGUACCCCACCUCUCACCCAACAUCAGCUGGGAUAGUCUCCAAGCCCACCCUCCACCCUGCACAGGAUAUAAAGAGGUUGCUAGUCAUCCAACUCCUCCCAAGCUCUAAAGAGCACCAGUGGGUUGUUAGCAAUAUUAGCUAAAACAAAGGCGUGCAUCUGAAAAAUGAAAUGGUAUUUUCUCCUUGUAUCAUGGUGUUUUUAAAGCCCAAGCCCAUAUUUCUGCACAACCCAUUGUAGGAAGGUAUCACAUUUUGGAUUUUAUGUGAAUUCAGAUGAAGAGCAUGUCAAACAGACAUAUAGACUGCAGCUUUUCAUUGUCCGUCCAUGAUGCAGACAGAAGAGGCAGAGAUGUAACAUAGUGACUAUAUAUAGUCUGACUUCACACCCUGUGCACUGUUAUUGAUUGAGGGCUCACUGCCCAAAAGCCCAGAAACGUCCCCAUACACUGCAAAGUAAUAGUUAUAGUAAGUAGAAGGAAAUACAGGUGCAGGGUCAUACACUAUUCUGUUGGGUAAUAAGUGGUGAUUGAGAGAUGAUGGUGAUGUUUCAGCUGUGCACAUGUUGUUUUCAGAUUUGCAUAUCAUAGAAAAGUGGAUUGUUGGCCUUGGUGGAGGUCUCCUCUUUCCCAGUUGUUCCUGCAUUGAAAAGGAAAUUAAAACAAAAAAAAAGCAAAACAAAUACAUCUUGAAGAUAAUUAUUUUUUGAGUGCAAACCAUGACUUGUUCCUCCUGACCAUAACUUCGUGUAUGCAUGUUUCAUCACGGAGAGAUCAUCAAAAUCUUAAUUUAAUUUAGGUCGACUUGAGUGUCCUGUAGGCCUGGGAAGCAAAGAAAUGAAUAAGAUUAUUUUUUUUAUUUUACUGGAUUGUAUUUGUUGAUAUGAUGGGAAAAUAUGCUUUAUGUUCUUUUACAUUCUUGUUCUUCAGCAGAGCUGGAAUCCUUUAGCUGGUAUGAUGUAUGUACAAUGAAGCCACUUGCAACAGGUAAGCAGGUGGUGCUUAAUUGUGUUGCUCAGGACGACACUUGUGGCUGAGGUAGGGAGGGAACCCUGGACACUGUAGAUUCAGCAGCUCAAUAAGCUGCAGUAAACAGCCGCUGCAUGUUUUAGCCGGCAGGCUUAGACAGGAAACUGCUUUCUAUCCCGUACCUACCACACUGCUAAAGCUGGCUUAUUAACUGUGAAAUGUCAUUUAAUUCAACAGAUAUUUUUCCCUGAUUGUGUCUUGUAUGCAUUUAUGCUUAAUGUUGUCAACAUAUUGGCAGCACCUAAAAACAAAAGAAAAGUAUAACUAACACUGUGGUUCUAUAUAAAGAUCUCGGGUGGAAAAUUUAUGUUCUGCACAGACAAUUGUUUAAAUAAAUUGGUGCCAUUAUUAUUCUUAUUAUUUUUUUUACAAUUCUGGUAUAUCUUCUUCUUUAUGGAAAUACAUAUGAAUAGAUGCCACUGGAAUUCAAUAUUCUGUGAUUGUAAACUGUUUUUAUCUCAGUCUUAAUUUGUAAAUGUAUGCAUUGUUUUUUUUUUUAGAUGCAUUUUUACUUUUCUAAUGAAACAAUUUAUUUUCAGCCUUUCAUCCAGUCAGUUUAUUGAACUGAUUCAGCGAAUGACAUGACCUUCUGUGGUGUUUAACUGUACUGCUGGCAUACUUACUGUAAAGGGGGGUGGCAUUCUGUUUGGAGUCAUGGAAUAUUUGCAUUACUGUCGCAAACUGCUUUGGAGGACUUUGUCUUAUUUGAUGGUGAUAGAUUGGUUCAGCCAGGUCCAGGUUCACUUAAGUUCACCUUAAAUUCAGAUCCGUAACAGAUGAACGUCAAACCUGAACAAUUUCUUACUUUUAGAAAAUAGGGAGAGAGGAGAUAGGAAUAAUUAUAAUACAACUGUAACAAAUUUCAAGUAAAUUUGCCCCUGACAUGGAAUCAUAACCAUUAAAUAAUAGUGUGUUUACAUGUUUAUUCCAUUUGACUCAAGUAAUAAACUAAAAUCUGAUGCUUACCAAAGAUGGUACACAACCAUAAUUCCACAUAAAUAAAAACAAAAUGUGAUAUUUUCAAACAAACUGUUUAUACCAACAACAGAUUGUUCUUGCUUGUGAGCAAGAGUGUGUGUAAAUAGGAUGUUUCAAGUGUAAUUCUGACAGUGAAAAAAAAUGGUAUCAACAGGAAAUGAUACAUAAUUCAUAGCCCAGUUAGCAGUGGGACUCUGUUGCAAGGCAAUCAAUCCACCACUUUGGUCCAGACUAAAAUGUCUUGGUAAACAAUCCAUGAAAUUUGGUUCAGAUAGUCAUGUCAGGGUCAGUUUUAAUAACUAAGGUGAUCUGCCUACUUUUUUUUUUUUUUUUUUUUUUAAACACCACCAUCAGGUCAAAUUUUCUGUGUGUCUGACUGGUUUAUGACCUGCAAAACUGAUGACAUUCCUAUCACCCUCAGCUGGCUGAUUAGCAAAUAUGAUAAGGUGGAAAACAUAGCUGCUACACAUCAGCAUGUUAGCAUUGUCAUUGCGAAUAUAGUACAAUUCUGAUAUUAGCAUUUAACUGAAAGCAUUGCUGUGCCUAAGUACAGCCUCAUAUGGCUGUAAACUACAAUUAUUUCUGUUGUCUUGGCUUUUGUACUGCUGUCACUAACAUCACACACAAAUGUAACAAUUGUAGUCCGACUGGUGAUAGCUUCAAGCAGAUCUCACUUUCUCAACAUGUGAACAUGCUAUGUAAUCAAAACUGUAGUGUGUGACGUGCAAAUGGAACCUUUCAGGUUGUUUUCUUAAUUUUACAACGUGCCAAAGCUGUUUACUUCUCUUAGACUGACUUGGACGUUUCGCAGCAACACGAGUGUAUUGAAAAUCUACUUCUAUAUGACUGUUAUGGGAAGUAAAUGAGAAUGUGACCAUUUUGACUGAGCAUUAGGGCAAAGGCUUAAAAAAAUAGUUGAGUCAUGAG